AAUGUUUCUAUUAAAAUGAGACAUAUUCCCAAGAUACUUCAGUUACGUUAAAUCUGUUUAUAGAUCCAACUGAAAAAUGCGUUUAAUAUUGUGGUUAAUUUUUGGGUUAGUGCAACUAUCUAUUGAAUUGGAUAUAAAUAUCACAAAAUUCGACAAUUGUUUUGAAUACUCUCCGAUUGGUGAAGAAUGGCCUAUAGAAAUUCAAGAAGUUCAUUAUGAUUUCAAUGAUGAUGGAUACAUUGAUCACAUUUAUGGGAAGUAUCUUGUGCGAUCAAUUGAUACACGCGAUAAGGAGUUAACAAUCAUGGUUUAUAAAUGCUCAAUUGAUGAUCCACCACCAUGUGAACAUAAAAUAGAACAUGUUAUUACUGAACUACAUUGUGACAAAUUUCGAAAUGAUGCCUCGGGAAUAUGGCAUAUGGUAUCACAAGCUAUGAGUGGAUCAACGUGUGGUCAUGAGAUGGGUCUUUUUGAUUUUGAAUUGCCACGAAUAAAUCAUGAUUAUUUUAUGAAACAUUUGACUGGAGUAGAAUUGAACUCAAGGUAUAGGAUGAUUCUCUUGUUUCACAAGAAGAGCGACGAAUCGACAGACCGAAGAGCUUGUGCUGAGAUUCAAUUUGAUGUCUUCAAUUGAGAAUUAAUGAUAUAACGUUAAGAAACAUUAAUAUUUGUAUUUAAUAGGUGAAAGUAGUUGGGAGCA